AUGGCUGACGAGGAGAUUAACUACGAGAGCGACGCGGGGUUAGAUUCUCUUUUCUUCACCCGGCCCAAGGGCCCGAAUCCGCCGCCCACGCCGUAUCUCUACGUGGCAAACUGCGGUGCUGAGGCGGAGAUGACGUAUGCAGCCCUUGCUGACGUGUUCUCCUCCUUCGGCCACGUCCGCCGCGUCAUCCCCGCCGGCGCCGCGAACCUCACCCGCUGUUUUGUCGUUUUCGGCGGGAGCACGCGCGCGGCGGCCUCCGCCGCGGCGGAAGCAGCACUGCAGGCGCUGAGCGGAAAGCCCUGCGCGGAAGCGGGCGGAAGAAAGAUGCACAUCCAGUUCGCCGUUGGGAAGCGGUCCGCGCCGGUACGGUCCAAUACGAUGUCAGGGGUGUGCUGGCCGGUUCUCAUCAGAUCUGGGACUAGUCAGGUCCUUACAGGUGAGGCCCGAUACGCCUGGUCCCACUACAUUCCCAACCACAAGAUCGACCACGUCAAUGGCCAGGAUUUCCCGCGUGCUCCUCGCCGCGUUUCCUACACCUUCCGGAGGGUUCGGUUCGGCCCGUGCGGGUGUGCUUACCCUGAGUUUUGCGAUGCUCCCAGAAUGGAAAGUGUUGCCGAAAACGGAAUAGUGUCAGAACGGGGCCGGGCGACCGAAUGUGAGGGAUUGUUGGUGGAGGGAACAGGUGCAGAGGGAUUGCUGGUGAAGGAGAAGGGAAGUGAGGGGAUGCAGGAGAGAGUGGGAGGUGGGUGCCUUGGAGGGAGUGUGGUGACGCACUCACACGAGGGAGUGGCGGAGUGUGGAGAGGAGGAGGAGGAGGUGGAGGAAAGGAAGGAAGAGCAGCGAGCAGAAGGAGGGAACGGUGGGGAACCUGUGUUGACGCACUCACACGAGGGAGUGGAGGAGUGUGCAGAGGAGGAGGAGAGAGCAGAGGAGAGAGUGGAGGAGUGUGCGAAAGCGAACGCCAUUCCCCCUUCUGUGGAUCCGUCCAAGACUCUCGACUCACCUCAAACCACCCCGGCAGUCGAACGAGACUUUGUCCACAAGGUAUACAACGCCAUAGCGCCGCAUUUCAGCGCCACCCGCUUCGCGCGCUGGCCCAAGGUCACCCAGUUCCUGCUCUCCCUCCCCCCGGGCUCGCUUGUUCUCGACGCCGGCUGCGGCAAUGGGAAGUACCUCAAUGGGGGGUUGCCUAUCCCGCCUGCUCUCCCUCCUGCUGCCUCUCUCUCUGUCUCUGCGUCUUCCUCUUUCUCAACCCACACUUCCUCCUCCCCGUUUCCGUCCUCCUCCUCCACUCCUUCCUCCUCCACUCCUUCCUCCUCCACCUCCUCCCCUCCCUCCUCUGCUUCCUCUGCUGCCCCUCCCCGCCCACCGGCCGUUCUGAUUGGCUGCGACAUCAGCCCGCCUCUCGUCUCCAUUUGCACUCAACGGGGCUUUGAGGCCUUUGUGGCCGAUACCCUCUCGCUCCCCCUCGCUUCCUCGCGCUUCGACGCAGCGAUUUCUGUGGCCGUUUUGCACCACUUGUCAUCUGAGGCUCGGCGGAAACACGCUCUAAAAGAGAUGCUUAGGGUGGUGCGGAGAGGGGGGAGAGUGCUGGUGACUGUGUGGGCGAGGGAGCAGGAGAAUCCAGAGCAAGAAGGAGUAGGGUCAGGAGCGGUAAGGCCAGGAGGGGGAUCAGAGCAAGGGAAAUCAACAGGAGCAGAAGCUUCCCAGGAGUUUCUGGUCCCGUGGCACCUGCCAUGUCAUCGAGUGGAAAUAGGCUCGGCAGCGGCGGCCCAGCACGUAGCCUCGGGGUUUGCUCGGCGGGAUGAAGCCAAGGGGUCGGUGGUGUACAACCGAUACUAUUAUGUUUUCACCCGAGGAGAGCUGGAGCGGCUUAUCACAGGGAUUGGUGGUGCAUCAGUUGUUGAGAGCUUUUACGACAAAUCUAAUUGGUGUGUGAUAAUGGAGAAGCUCUAG